AUGCCCAAACUCGAGCCAGGUUCGAAAAUGCACAAGGCUUUGAUCAACAAGUUCGUUCUUGGUGUCCAUCAGUAUCGUGAGUGGACCGCUGAGGACCUGCGACGAUUCGACGGUGUAGACAGGUUCUUAACAGAUUACAGUGAGGCGGAGAGUGCUUGGUCACAGUACAAAGCCGGCAAAGGGCUCUAUCCAAACCAGAGCGUUGACGAGUUCAUGGUCCCGGAGUCGGAAGGAGCUGUGGGGUCAGAGACUUGA